AUGCCCGGCUCGAUUGCUGUAAUCGGUUCCUUGAACAUUGACUUCAUCACCCGCACUCCUCGCGUGCCAGCAGGAGGUGAGACGCUUGAAGCCAGUUCUUCGGAUACUGGCUUUGGCGGCAAAGGUGCGAACCAAGCAGUAGCAUGUGCUAGACUAUCUCGCAACAGUGAUGGUUUAACACCUGCCGACAGCUCACCCAUCAAGGUCAGCAUGGUUGGCUUCGUUGGUGAAGAUUCGUUCGGUUCAGAUUUCAUUUCUGCUAUGAAGGAUACAUUCAUUGAUACUGCUCACAUCCAAAAAGUUCCCGGUCAGAAGACUGGUAUUGCCAACAUCAUCGUUGAAGAGAAGACUGGAGAAAACCGCAUUCUCUUCUGUCCGAAUGCCAACUUCUCCGGAGCUGGAGAAGUCAAGGACCUGGUACCUGAAGAUGCAGACGUGGUGGUUUUCCAAUUGGAGAUGCCUCUUGCUCAGGUUGUGCACAAUAUUAAGCUUGCACACUCCAAGGGCAAAUACGUUAUCAUGAACCCAGCACCUGCACAAAAACUGCCCGACGAUUUAUACCAAUUCAUUGACUGUCUGAUUAUGAAUGAGAGCGAGGCCGACAUCCUCCGCGAGGCCAAAGAAGAGCUAAAGGACGAAGAUCUGCCAGAGAUCUGCGAAGCCUUCUUCAAACGUGGUGUUCCCGACAUGGUCGUCGUCACUCUUGGAGCCAAGUCUCGAGGUUCAGGACACACACCCGGGCGUAAGGCAAAGGUUGUCGACACCACCGCUGCUGGUGACACUUUUGUUGGAGGCCUCGCUGUUGAGAUCGCAAAGAAUGGAGGCAAGACUCCCGAAGCACCCCAGAAGAUGAUCGAAUUCGCCAACUCUGCUGCAGCGCGUACUGUCGAGAAACCUGGAGCUCAGGCUGCUAUUCCAUGGUUCAACGAGUUGUAG